GGAAAAGGAGAGCUUCAUGAAAUUACGGGUUAUGUAAGCCUGUUAGAGCUGUUUGAUAAACUUGUUUCUUCGACUUGAAUGCAACGUUAUGGCUCAAAGUGCGAACGACCGCCGGCGGAUAAAUGGACCAGAAGAAAGCUUUCCGCCCGUAUUCGACGACGACGAUGAGGAUAUCAAAUUGAAAACGCAGCGCAGUCGGGCACCUGGUGAUAUCAGGCCGAUAUUCCUACAGCCAGGUCUUAUAAGCCAGGCCAAUGGAUCUGCAUACAUCGAGACAGAAAAAACCAAAAUUGCAUGCGCUGUGUACGGACCACGGCAAUCUAAAACUACUACCUACAGCGAAAAGGGCCGGCUGAAUGUUGAAGUCAAGUUCGCUCCUUUCUCGUGUACGCGUCGAAGGGCGCCGAUGCGCGACGCCGAGGAUAGAUCUAUUGGUAUAGCAAUACAUCAAGCAAUUGUAUCAUCAAUACGCCUGGAGUUAUUCCCAAAGUCGACCAUCGAUGUUUUCAUCACGAUCAUCGAGAACGAUGGAAUUGAAGGCUGUAUCGCAUCUGGAUCAUUGGCUGCAAGUGCUGCACUUGCUGAUGCUGGAAUCGAAAUGUUGGGACUCGUUGCGUCAUGCUCCGCUGCUAUUGUCGGAGAUGACAUUCAACUUGAUCCAAGCGAAGCUGAAGCACGGGCAUCCAGCGGUACUGUGAUACUUGCUUGUAUGCCGGCUUUGGAUAGUAUCACCAGUAUCUGGCAGUCGGGACAGAUGACCGCCGACUUGUCUUUGAAGUGCAUGGAACAAUGUCAUGAGCGGUGUAUUGAUAUUCAUUCGAUAGUCGCGCAAUCUCUACUCGAACACAGGAGAACCGAUUGACGUGGCCUUCGGCCUCCGAGGUGCAUUGUCAGCGUUGGCCGUUGUACAUGAUCUUGGAACUUGUUUGUCCCAUGUAGUAAUUAACCGAGGACAUACAAGUGUGAACUAGUACACCCUCGUGGUGGAUUUUUUCUACAUGAGGUCCUUGACGCGCAAUUAUCUUCGGCACUGUGUUAUAAAGUGUCGAGCUCAAGGACUUAUUUUCAUUACGUAUGAGGUAUACACGCGCCUACGUACACGAGUUAAUCGUUUAUGUCACGAGUUCCGCUCGUGGU